GAAACCAUGCUGCGCGGGCUCUAGAUUUAGCGACAGCGUCAGUGACAACGUCAUGCUCGCGGCCCGCCAGCGCCGCGCUCACAACCCGCCCGCACCGAUCUCUCUAGAUAAGCAAUUAUUACCUAAAAUAGUUUUUAAUCUAACUGCUCUUUGAAUCUGUCAAAUGCUCACACAUAAUAAAUUAUAACCUUCUGUACGUACUACGUGCUGCCCGCACAGCAUGGUUUCCCCUAUCACUAAGUCCGUCACUUUCGCACUCACAUACUUGUUAGAACGUGACAGGCAUGGUGAUAAGCGUACCGUGCUAUGACUCCACUCUCCAGGUUUGCAGUUUUUUAUAAGGAACAACGUACUUAAUUAUUAUUAUUUGUACUUAGUACCUACUUACUAAUGCCUUUACCCUAAAAACGGAAUUCUAAGAAAGGUAUUUGAUUGCUCAAGUCGCAAUGUUAGAAUUGCGGAAUUUACAAGGGAAAAAUUUCUCAAGUUAAUAAUUUCACAACUUUUACAUUGCGAAAUAAUAUAAGCAUUGCUAGAAACACAAUGUUAACUUUGUUAAAAUAGUGAUGUUGACUAGUCCUUUGCAAAAUUGACAAAAGAAUCGUUCAUUUCGCUGGCAACAUUCGUACGGUUAGGAUGCGUGACAAAUCGCUAACAACGGAACGUAUUUAUUUAGUGAUUAUUAUUGUCUUUUCAAACAACGAACCGUUCACGUUGUUAAAAAUAUAAGGAAAUAGUUUCUUUAAAGUUAAGACAGUUAUAGGUAAAUAGUAAAUAUAAAGGAUGGACGACUUAAGUGUGUUUCUGUUCAACUGUGAUUUGAUACACCUUUUUGGAUCGCUAAACGAUCAGGGCGCGGAUCUCGAUUUUUUAUUGAACGCAAACGACCAUGAGUUGUCGUUAUUGGUCCCGGCAGCAGUUCAAAAAGGGAAACUGCGUAUGGCGUUAGACCGUGAGAGAGAACGCAGAGGAGUUACAAAAGAUCCGAGGGAUGUAGAUGUACAGCAAGUUAUAGCUCCAAUUAAAAAGCAAGACUCCUUUGUGAUUCCAUCAAGUAGCCAAAAAUCUAGUACAUCCUCUGUUGUUACAACAUCAACUGAAUUAUUGGAAUGGGACAUCAAUUGUGACGAUUUACAGUUUAUAGAUGCAAGCAAACUCAUAGGGGCUAUAACUGGCGGAAAUCUUAAACAAAUUUUAGAGACAUCCAGUAUUGGGAAACCUCUAAUCAAUAAAAAGGUAUUAUCGUCUAGUGACCGAAAGAUACUGACGGCCCUUAUUGUUGAGGCUGAGGUGCGGAAAUUGAAAGAAAACACUGACCCAAUACGAAAAGAAACCUGGGAUACGUGGACAUCAGAAAUUAUAAAGCUUUUCCCAGGUGAAACAAAGGGGGUAUAUUAUAAUCCUUUUCGUCUUGUUGAUGGAAAAGCUAUCCAGGCCAGUGGCCUGAUAGUGAACCGAUUAAUAACAGUACGCAGAAAAUUAAAUGCAGAAAUCCGCAGCCGCAGCAGAAGUCGUAACAGCAGUAAUAGCGACAAGAGCAGCGACAGCAGCGGAGACCAAAACAAGAGAAAAAAAUCUGCUGUCAAAUCUUCUAAUGCACGGGUUAGACCUUUUCCUGACACCUUUCAAACAAUAAGUACCAAUCAAGACUCUGAAAAAGAUACCGUGCAGUGGUUGAAGCACUCUUCUUCACCGAGAGAAUUGGUAGAAACAAAAUGGAACAGUUGUCUACAUGAACGCAUGGCUGCACUGCAAGAAGGCGACCAUGUUAGUUAUUUGAGCAUCUUCCCAGCACUGCAAUGUCCUUGGGGCUAUGAAUUGCUGGCCAGUGACUUUGACAAAAUAUACCCUGAAAUAGAAGGAAAGUUCGAAGAAAAUUUCCCGGUAGUGAAAGGUCGCCUGCUAUCAUUACUAGAUGAGAAGGCUCAACAGCUAACACGACCUGACACUUCUAUUCAAACUGUUUUGGAUCUUGCAACUUCGGGGGAGGAACAAGCGAAUGUUGCGACUUUUCUGGCAGUUCCCCUGUUGCUGAAACAAAUGCACACUGUUCCCGUGAAAGGAGUCAGAAAACCCUGGAACCCGUCUAGAUUAGAAGUAAGCAACGCGUUUUUAAGCUUGGUGCCAUCUACAUCGGACCUUCAAAGCCACUUCAGUGAACGGAAGGCCACAUUGCAGGAAAAAAAAUUGCCUGUUCUUCCAUAUUUGGUUGCUGUUGGGGCUUGCUGGCAGGAUGUUACGCAGUAUGAUUUAAUAAUCUCUGAAGACAUCAGGUACACGUUUCCCAGCAUUUGUAAAGCUGUUUCAAAUACUUUUAAGAUUCUAUGGGCAUUAGACUUACCAUAUUCAAAAGAUUGUGCCCCAGUCUGGAUGUUUAUCCAAAGAAGUAUAUAUGUAAUGAAGAGCAAGUUUGACACUGAAGGCACUCCUAUGCUAGAUUUGCUUGCUUCUGUUUCUAACAGGCACGAUGGUGCUGUGUGCAAUAUGUAAAAGGUCUUUUGUCCAAAUGAAGCAAUUUAAAACCCAUUUUACAUUUUAUCAUCCAGGUAAAUGUUAUAUUUGUCCAAACAUGGAUUGUGGGAGAACUUAUCAACUCUACAAUUCAUUUAGGCGUCAUUAUUUGAAAGAACAUUCAGAUUCUUCUAUGUUACAACAGGCUUCAAGUGUACAGGAUUUUGCUAUUGGACAAGAGACCUCUCCCGUGAAUAAUGAUCCAUUACAUAAUGUGUGUAGCGCAACCGAGUUUCAAAUUAAAGAAAAUAAUAGUACUAUACAGAGUGAUAGCAAACACAACACACCGCCGCUAAGCGACAGUUUAGGUCAACUUUUCUCAUCCCUGUAUAGUAAUCCCCAUUUGCCGAACAAUGUGCUAGAUACAGUUUAUAGCGGUAUUCACAACAUGUUCACUAUGUCAAUCAGACCUCUGUUACCAGUAACUUCUAGCUCUGCCGUAGCAAAACUGACAACCGAUCUAGAGAUGUUUAGUUCAACUUAUAAACGACAUCAGUUCUUUGAAAGUAAGGGUACUUUAGUUAAUCCUGAGCCUUAUACUGUAGGGCGACGAUUUGAUUACGUAAAAAAAAAAGGUAAAACUUAUUACCAAGCAGUAGAGUGCAUAGCCCAUAAAAUACCUAUUAGAGAUGUGUUGCACAAAUUUUUUUCGUUGCCUAACAUACUUCAUGAGACCAUCGAUGCUAUGAAAAAACUGAUGGCUCAUGACACGUCAAACAGUAUAGAGCAUUAUAUGCAUGGUUCAUUUUGGAGACAGAAAAAUCAUGGAGAUAAGAUAGUCAUGCCCAUAUUUUUGCAAAUUGACGAUUUCGAGACUUUGAACCCUUUGGGUAGUCAUAGUGGUGUGCACAAACUAGGAGCCGCAUACAUUUCUCUUCCUUGCCUGCCGUACUAUUGUGCCUCUCUGUUAGGUAACAUAUUUUUAGUCUUACUCUAUCAUUCCACUGACAGAGUGGAAUUUGGGAAUCGUAUAAUAUUUCAGCCCCUGAUUGACCAGUUUAAUGAUUUAUUUAAGCAUGGAAUAGUUUUUGAUUUGCCAGAUUUCAAGGGCACAAUUUACUUUGAGUUGUCAUUAAUUUUAGGAGAUAAUUUAGGCUUGCAUAGUGUUUUAGGAUUUGUUGAGAGUUUUUCAAGCAAUUUUCCUUGCAGAACAUGCAAAGUAGAGAAAAAAGUCAUGGCUAAUCAGGUUUAUGAAGAUGAAUCUCUCUUAAGGACCGAGUCAAAUUACCAGGAUGAUUUAAAAACGAAUAAUUCAUCUCUGACAGGCGUCAAAGAAAAAUGUAUAUGGCUCGACAUAGAAAAUUUUAAUUUAUUUUCGCAAAUGGGUUUUGAUGUAAUGCAUGACAUGCACGAAGGCUGUGCCAAAUACGUCAUGUGCUCUUUACUUGUGGUUUUUGUAGACAAAAUGAAAUAUCUUACAAUUGAUAUUGUUAAUAACAAAAUUUCCUCAUUUCAAUACGGUCCCGAUAAAAAAGAUAAGCCCGUCACGCUGGCCAUGUCCAAUUUACGAAAAGGCAAUAUACGUUUAAAUGCUGCCGAAAUGAGCACAUUUUGCAAGUAUUUUGGUGUAAUGUUUGGUGAUUUCAUUCCAAGACAUAAUAAAUAUUGGCAACUGUAUAUUCAAUUAAUGACUGUUUUAGAUUUUAUUAUGUCACCCCGUUUUGUAUCUGAGCAAAUAGACUAUUUUAAGUAUAUGAUCGCUGACUUUUGCGAAAUGUACAUCACACUGUUUAACCAAAGUCUUAAGCCUAAAUUUCACAAUUUACUGCACUAUCAUUCGGCAAUGUUACGUUUUGGUCCCUUGAGAUUUCUGUCUUCAAUGCGCUACGAAGCUAAACAUCGCUUCAACAAGUUAGCUGCAAAAUCAACAAAUAACCGAAUUAACAUGACACUGACAGUAGCUCGAAAGCAUCAGUUGAUGUUAAAUGACAUAUUCUUGAAAGAAACUAUUCGUUCGCCUCUUUCGUUUGGGGGCCAAGCAGAAGUACCAGUUAGUGAAUGUAAACAGAUUUUAGAUCAAAUGCAAUGGUCAGAUAUUACAAAAUUAUAUAAAGUGAGUUGGGCGGCAAAGUGUUCCGAGCGCUACCAAGUAAAUUCUGUAAUAGUUACUGCUAUUAAUGAAGAAAACAUUUAUUUUUCCAAAAUUGAUGACAUAUAUGUUGAUGGAGUGUCUAAGAUUAGUUUCAAGGCUAAGCCUUUACAAACAAUUGGUUUUGAUAAUCAUUACCAUGCUUAUAAUGUACUGGACUCAUUACAAUCAUCACACAUAUACAUUGAUCAAGACACCAUGCAGUAUCCGUUUUUGUGCAACUGUGUAGUCAUUGGGCAUAACAUUAAUCUUCCUGAGUAUCAUAUCGUACUCAGUAAACCGAUUUAAUUAACCCAACUAGAGUAAGAUUUAAUAAUUUGUAGUAAUAGUAAGUAUGAUUACAAUUACUUAUGCAGGUAUAAUGCAUACCCUAACUCAGUUUAGUAAAUUAAGUUCAAAAGGGCCGUGGAACAUUACAGUGUUAACAAUUCCUAUUUUAAACAUAUUUUUGUUCGUAUUUUAUUUUACAGGAAGUAAUCAAAUGUUAUAUUACGGUAAAUAUGUAAUGAUUAUUGAUGGGAAUAGCCCUCAUUAUGAAAACAGUUUUGUUCAUGCAGUGAUAAUAUGCUAAUAACCCAAAAAAAAAUAAAAAAUCUGCGGAUAUAAUUCGUGGUUUGGAAAAUCCCCCCCCCUACACCCUCGAGGACUUUUAGUAUGUUUAUCUGGACACCACAAGGUAUAAAUAACUAUACCAAUUUUCAAAACAACACGAAUUAUUUCUGCUGAUUGAUAUUUUCGGCUUAAUUUGACGUGGCUAUAAGUUUAGUUUCUAUUUAAACGAUAUGUAACUACAGUUGUGGCCCUAAGCGCCACUUGCACCAUCCUACUAACUAAUGAGGGGUUAACCGGUUAACCCCUCAUUAGUUAGUAGGAUGGUGCAAGUGGCGCUAGAUUGUUGUGUUAGGAAACACCUUGCAUGUAAGUAGUGACCUGAUGUAUGAAUAGCGUUGUCACUAUAAUAUUGACAGUAAGGUACAGAACUGCACGGGGUGGGUCACGUUAUACUGUUGUUGGUUAUUACCAGUACUUAGGUUAGGUUAGGUUAGGUUAACAGCAGGUAGAUAUAUCGUCGGGUGAUAAGCAAAAGUCACUAAGUACCACCACAAGUUCAUAGCCAUAGUGAACCGUAAUAUUAUGCGAAUAAGGUUGAUUUUUGUUUAAUUAUUUUUCAGUAGUUAGUGAGUUUUGCUUGUUACCUGACGGUAUGCUAAUUAUUAUUAUUUGUUCACAUUUAGCGGGUUCGAUUCCCGGAUCAGCCAGGCGAUUUUUCUUAAUUAUUUGCAAUUCGUAUUGUUUUGAAAUAAAAAUGAAAGGAAGCUAUUUUUACUUCUACUCGUCAAAUAUAUGGUCAUACUUCUAAUCCAUUCGCAUCCAUUUAACUUUGAAAUAGUAGGUACAGUCAGCUUCAAAUAGCCAGCCAAAGUCGCCAAAUAUGUCGCAACACACCUUUCUUGCCAUGGGAAUAAGGUUGUGUUUCGAUAUAUUUGGCGAGUUGUCACCAAAUAUUUGACGAGUGGAAGUAAAAAUAGCUUCAUUUCUAUAUUUAUUUAAAAACAAUACGAACUACAUUCAAAGAAUU